AUGGUCCGACCGACAAUAUCGUGUGCCCUCAUGGGCUUUGCAAUGUUUACGGAUGUUGCACAGGGUAUCAACAUUUACGUGACCAACAAGUGCGACGAGAGCAUGGUCUUGGCUCACGUGACGCCAAACGGUGUCACGACGGACGACUUGGCCUGUGGUGGCACCAUUACGAAAUCAAUCGAGCCUAGUUCUGGCUCACACGUGUUCAAGUCGGGCACGGGAGCUGAGGCGACGUUGGCCGAGUUUUCUACCGUGGGUGGUAAGAGCUGGUAUGACAUUAGUGCUAUUCCUACGGGUAAAAAGAGUGGUCCUGGAUAUUGUACGAGUCUUCAGGAUUGCAAGACCGUCACGGGUGGUGUGGGCUUUAAUGUUCCUAUUCAGAUCAUUCCUCAUACUCCAGAUGGCGGUCGCUGCGUCGAAUUGACUUGUUUGACUGAAAAUUGCAUUGACGCUUACCAGUUCCCUAAGGAUGACACCAAGACCCACACGUGCCCAUUGUCGACGGAUUUUGAUCUGACGUUUUGUGCUGGUGGGUCAGGUGGCCAAGCGCCAAUGGCAUCGCCUGCCCCAACACCGCCAUCUACGCCGUCCACGAUGCUCAACCCACCAUCUACUUCUUCUCCGGUGCCAGCGUCUCCUUCUCCGGUGCCAGCGUCUCCUUCUCCGGAGCCAGCGUCUCCUUCUCCGGCGCCAGCGUCUCCUUCUUUGGAGCCAGCGUCUCCUUCUUUGGACCCAGCGUCUCCUUCUCCGGAUGCAGCGUCUCCUUCUUUGGAGCCAGCGUCUCCUUCUUUGGACCCAGCGUCUCCUUCUCCGGAUGCAGCGUCUCCUUCUUUGGAGCCAGCGUCUCCUUCUCCGGACCCAGCGUCUUCUUCUCCGGAGCCAGCGUCUCCUUCUUUGAAGAAAUUGUCGUCUUCGUCUCAAAAAUCGCCGUCAUCGACCACGGUUUCGGAUAAAUAUCCGACAUACGCACAGCAGCAAAGCAUCGAUCAGUUUGAACAAUCACCUGUUUCGGACUUGAAAAACCAGGCCAACUACGAGAACUUGCGCAAGGAAAAUGGUAAAACUGAGCCGAGUGUCAACACGCAGCAGACGACCGAGACGAAUCAGAAACCUCACAAGGUUGACGACGCGACCGGAGGAACGAAUCCAGCUGUCUCUUUGAUUAAAGAUGACCACGUGCAGCAGAUCAACACUAGGUCUGCGGAUAAAAGCGGUGGCGCCACGUUUAUUUUUGUGGGCGUCGUAGCGUUGUGCGUGGUGAUGGUUGCUGCUGCCACGAUCGUGGGGGUGCGUAAGAAGAAGGCGCAGUUGGAAGAGCUCGAGAGCAAAACUCCGCAAUCCACGACGGCCCACGGCACUCUAGCAAACUUUCGCACCCCUCGCAACAACGUCAGCGUACUGUAA